AUGCCCGCUGCCAACAGAUCAAAACACUCCGGCACCAAGAAACCUGAUCUAUACUCCAACCACAUCGACCCCGAUGACAUACAGGUAGAAGAGGAACCAAGAGUCGGAAGGAAAAAGACAAAGAAUGCUGCUGCUAAACAGCCAACGUACCUUGACAAUGCCGAAGAGAGCCUGUCGCCUGAGCAGAUGGGUCAACAGUCACUCCCACCUGCUAACCCGCAGUCAAUUCUCGGGCACUUGAACCCGACCUUCCCCCAGAACAAGCGGCAGAAUGAUAGCUCUGAUGCCUUGAACGAGGUGGACCCUACCCAAAAGGUGUCGGAUGAGCACACACCGCCCACCAACGUCUGGGCUCGAAGUGCUGGAUAUGGGCAGUCUCCGCCAGUCGACCCAAUUCCUGGGUUCAGUGUAGCUGGCUCACCUCCCUACGAACCUGGCUUCAAUACUCGAGGCGGUUUCACAAGGAGUCCACCAAUUUCGCCGCCAUUAAGGAAGGCUAGACCCGUGAGUUAUGGAAGUGGCAUUCCUCCGUUGCCUUCCCAUCACAGAGUUUCGACCUCACCUUAUGCUUAUACUGUAAAUGCCUAUGGCUCCCCACCAGCUCUGCCGCACCUACCUCAACAGCACUUCUAUGGUCCUCAUGAUGUCGACAUAGGGCUUGCCAACGUCACAGCACAGAUGAACCUAAAAGAUCCGGUUCCCCUUAAGUUCGCCCAUGUCCCAGGGUAUGGGAAUGAGGCUCGUGAGGCAGUGUUCGUGACAGGCGAAGGAGAACUGAAUGUCCUCGGCUACAACGGCGACAAAUUGGAACAUUCAGGCUGUCUCGGAGGUGUGCAGGGAGCUAUUCUUGAUGUUUGUCUACUGACCUGGAACUCUGGCGACGAUCCGUUCGCGGAAUACCGGCCCUUGGUGGCCCUUACUACCCACGGCCCUAGCAAUUCGGAAGGAGAUCCUGCAGAGGCAACACCUCAAGAUGCGGGUGUCACAUAUCUCGAGACCAGGGUUGUGGUGUAUUCAAUGAGCAAGAGCUGCCGAAUUGCGGAAUUGUUGCGUGUCCCAUCCACCAUGAGAAUGUUUCAUGGAGGUAUCCCGUUACCAGGCCCCGCCGCAAAUCUGAAGACACAGGCAAGCGGUAACUACGUCGUCGUAUCGUCCGGUCACAGUGGCGAACUCUAUGUCUUCUCGGUCCGCAAGGGCACUGACUCCGCAGUAUUCGAAUGCCUCGGCAAAUAUUGGACUACCCUCCAGCCCCAGCUGCAGAGAAGAGACUCAUCACAACCUGCGUCAGAUGCAGACAUUUCGCCUGCCGACCUGGGCCGUGGAGCUGAUGGGGAAGACUCGUCUAUCUUCAGCAUGAAUGGCCGAUGGCUAGCAUUCUGUCCUGCGAGCACUCCUUCUCGUAGAUCGAUCGGCGCCCUGCUCGGUGAAUUCGUCGUUCAUAACAAGAACUCUCCUAUCUCCGCCGGCACAGCCCCUUCGAGGCCUCCAGUAACGUGCGAUGUUGACUCAACCGAUGUCGAUACCUUCUUCGCUAAGGUUGCCAAGGGAUUUGCACAGGAAGCCGUCAGGAGUGCAAAAUGGAUCGGAGAGAAAGGUGUGCAGACUUGGCAGAACUACUGGAAGAAAGACUCGUCCGCCGACAAUCUUCCCCAUGUACCAUCGUCGAGCCCGCCGCUGUAUUCGCCUCAUCUUGGUGUGGCACAAUUUCCACCCACCCAUGCCAUUGACAUCCAAACCCACUCAAACGAUCCGGAGGUUAUAUCGAUCCUCGACUUGAAAUCUUUGCAAGAAAGUCAAGGCAGAAGGAUCGAGUUCAGCCCUUUGGCUACGUUCCAACCGCCAGGAGGCUGCAGCUUUCUCUCCUUCAUGCCCACUGGGCUUGGUCUCUUGACCGCCAAUAGGAAAGGUGAUGUGCAAUACGUUUGGGACUUGCAACAAAUGAGACACAUUAGAAUUUCGGCAACAUCCACGCCACCCGACAGCGGGUGUGUUCGACAGAUUGCACGCUACGAGCGGUUAAGUCCUUCCACCAUCGUCGAUGUGGUUUGGGACGGCUCAACAGGCUACCGGUUCGCUCUGCUUACAAAGAAUCGAACAGUACAUAUCUUUGAUCUGCCAAAGACCGCUUUUCAGUGGCCACCGCCUCCCCUGAAGAGAAAUCGCCCUACUUCUGCACCCGUGGAACCUCCCCAGACAAAGGCAGAGCAUGAGCCAGCACCAGCUGGAGGGUUCUUCGCUUCAGCCAUGACUAUCGCGGGCAGAACCCAGCCGAUGCUAGCGAACCUGAGAGGGCGAGCUCCGAGCAUUAGCAGCGGGAUCACUGGGUUUGGUGCUUCAGGUAUUGGGCUUGCUUCUACCACUAGUAUCAGAUCGGGUAGGGCGGUAGCGGCAGGGCUUAGCAAGUCUCUCGGGGCCGCUACAGAAACGGUUACCAGUCUUCGACAUGCAAAUCAAAGCAGGCUUUAUUUGAAGGUGCCAGCCCGAGCGGGAUUGCUCUAUUGGCAACGACGUGACGGAAAGUCUGUCUUAUCAGUUCUCGAUUCGAACAGCAUCAAAAGCUACUAUGUGCGCAUGACAAAACCGAGAGAGGACCGUCAGAGACACACCGUUUCAGUCUUUGAUGCCCGGAAGCCAGUGGCAACUAAAUUGCCAAAGGCCCUCGAAUUGCUGGAAGGUCAACCACACAGAGAAGCUGACACUCCAAGUGCAGACGUUGCAAUGACUGGAUUCUGGAGAUCUCGAACCAUUAGAGGAGAAGGACUGAAAAUGUCACAUCCCUUGGCUUCAGCCGAGAUCGAAACGAACGCACCAUAUCAGCCAUUCCACUCCGAUCAUCGAGUCACCGUCUCACUGAUUGAGGGUAAACAGUUGUCUGCAGAGCAUCACUCCACUAUCCCUGUACAGCGAAUAGCAGCACCACAACGCAGUGUCGCCGCCGCAGGUAAGUGGGUUUUUGGCGAGGAGAUCCAGUCCCAUCAGAUACCAAAUACCGCUGUUCGGCAGCCGUCAGACGAGGCCGAUUCUAUAAUCUACCACGAGACCAAGAUUACGUCCGAUUUGCCUCCCUUAGGUAGUACCCCGGUCGAGUCACUCAGCGAAGGAGUGAGCCAUGCCGUCAGCAACAACAAGAAGCGCAAGAACAAGAAGAACAAGUCGCCUGCUCUGAUAGUCGCGGAUGAUGGUUUCGGUGAAGUUGAUCUGGAUACUGCGCGCCGUGAUGGUGCGGUCGACCUAAACAUGGAUCUAAGGCAGGAUCGAGUUCAGGACUUACUGGAGGAUGAAGAUCUUAUAGGAUGA